CCGGCGGCCCCUCCGCGGCCAUGCGGCUCCUCGGCGGCGCCUCCUGCGCUCUGUGGGCGCUGCUGCUGCUCGCCCGCGGCUCCCGUAAUGAAGGGACAAACAGCACUGAAGGUGUGAACAGCACUACUCCGAUUCCAGGCAGUAGGUUGCCAGACAAUAGCAGCUCACCCAAUGCCACUGCAUCAUCCACACAAACUGCAGCAACACCUACAGGAGGAGUGUCCAGCAGUACUGCUCAUGUGACCAGUACCAGUCAGCCCAACACCACCACCACCCCCACGUCUGUCAUCCUGACAAUUCAGCCCACCAAAACCAGCCAGACAGUGACACCCACCACAGCCUCAGCAGUCACAUCGCCACAAGGCAACGCUACAGUGGUGACCACUUCUAAGACUUCCUCCACCUCUGUAACAGCCACAUCAAAAUCAGAGGCUGUCAUAGUCAAAACCUCCAGAUUUGAUGUGGGCAGUUUUGUAGGUGGCAUUGUGCUGACUCUUGGAGUCCUAGUCAUUCUCUACAUCGGAUGCAAAACUUACCACUCUCGAAGAGGUAUUCAGUACAGAACCAUCGAUGAACACGAUGCCAUCAUUUAAAGGAGACUUCAGAGAAGGACAAUGUUGGAAACCCAUCCUGUCACGGCUGUUCUAACUACUGAAAGAGUUUCUUUCAUGAAGAUUAUCACAGUCUCUAAACCUGUCUUGGGUGUUAUCCUGCAAAAUGUUGAGAAGUUUUUAAACAUCCUGAUUUUUACAUUGGCUCUUGUAAGAGGAACGCAGCACUUUGUAGAGACAGUAUUUUCUUUUUCCAGUACUUGUAACCAGAUGUAGAGAAAAUCACAUACUGAGUCAUUUUAAGGUACACACACAGCUCUCUGAAAUAGCUAAUUACUAGCACAGGCUAUUGCAUCCAUGUGAUUCUAAGUAAGUUCAGGGGUUUUUUUCUAAAAUUUUGUAUUAAAUUGUAUUUAUUUUGAAGUUUGAUGUGAAUGUUAGUUUAGAAAUUUCAGGUUUUGAACAACUCAGUUAAGUUUUAAUAGGCUUCAAAGGAGGUGUGGUUAGACAAAUGUAUAGAAGGUGAUAAUAAUUACUCCUAAAUGUCAGUCAUUAGCUCACCAGUGAGCUGCAGAUGCUUUCCUUAAUAGGCUGUAUAAGGAGAGUAGCUGCAGGAAACAUGGACAGAGUGGAAGUAUCCAUCCAUAACCCUUUUCUCUAAAAGCUUCUUAUUUUCUAACGUGUACUAAUGAAGCUUGUGCAAUUGAAGAUUUAAUGUAAAUGGAGAAAAGUAAUUUUGCCAUUAUAAAUAUAAAAAAAUUCUAAAAUUGGCUUUUAAGUUGAAGGUAGCAAUCACUUGGCUCUUGGUUUUUAUUAUUAUGAAGCUGUCUGCAAUGUUUUAGCAGCAUUUGAUAAUAAUUCAAAGUUAUAUAAAGAAGGGAAAACCUAUAAGACAGCAUUUUAGCAGACUAUAAACUGCAUUUUUACAGCUGUUUUCAGAACUUGGUCGUGCUGCACAGAUGAACAGAGGUCUGGUCAGAAGCCCAGCUGAAGGCACUGGGGCGUCUCUGAGCACACCUUCAGCUGAAGGCUCAAAUGCUCCGGGGGUCCUGUGCAGGAUGGCUGGUGCUGUUCCCGUGUCACUUGUGCAGGUAAAUCUGCAGGUAAAUCUGUCACCACUCAGGUGAACCUGCUGACUUCAGCACAUGGGCUCCUGACUUCCACUGCUGUAAGGAAAACUAG